AUUAUCAAAGAAAAGAAAGUAAAAAUAUCAGUGGAAAAAAAAUCCAAUCUCGCGAGAUCAACAUUUUGCUCCUGCUUGCCAUACGCAUGUUUAUUGACGCCGUAGGAACUCCGCAGCCGCAUAUCUAAGUUUUGUUGCCUCCUCGUUCAAAUUCAUGGAUUCCCCUGGAGCCCUAGACGAGACUGAAAGGCCAAGACACCGGCCUUUCCUGAUCGGGGUUAGCGGAGGAACAGCCAGCGGCAAGUCCACAGUUUGUGCCAAAAUCAUGGAGCUUCUGGGUCAGAACAAGGUGGACCACCGCCAAAGAAAGGUGGCCAUCAUAAGCCAGGACAGCUUCUACAAGGUUCUGACCCCAGAACAAAAGGCUAAAGCCCUGAAAGGGCAAUACAACUUUGAUCAUCCAGAGGCUUUUGACAAUGAGCUCAUGUGCAAAACCUUACAGGACAUUGUAGAAGGGAAGGUGGUUGACAUCCCAACAUACGACUUUGUGUCCCAUUCCAGGUUGGAGGAACGGAUCAUCGUUUAUCCAGCAGAUGUGGUCCUGUUUGAAGGGAUCCUGGUUUUCUACCCCUUGCAAGUGCGUGAAAUGUUCCACAUGAAGCUGUUCGUGGAUACAGAUUCAGACGUCCGACUGUCCCGCAGAGUCUUGAGAGAUAUGAGCAGGGGGAGAGACUUGGAGCAGAUCCUCAGUCAGUAUACGACGUUUGUAAAGCCUGCUUUUGAGGAGUUUUGCUUGCCUACAAAGAAGUAUGCAGACGUGAUCAUUCCAAGGGGAGUUGACAAUAUGGUGGCCAUCAACCUCAUAGUGCAGCAUAUUCAAGAUAUUCUCAACGGGGACAUUUGUAAGUGGCAACGCGGAUCAAUGAACGGCCACGGACGAAGUUUCAAACGGACCAUAACGGAGCAGAACGACCUGCAGAAUGGAGCCUCUUCAACAAAAAGAGUUCUGCUGGAGCCCAGCACGCGGCCCCACUGAUAGGGAGCGGGUUGUGUCGGAACUGCGAGUACGAGCUUUUAAAUUUCACUUGCUGCUAUUGGUGUGAGCAGAACGGAGAGGAAAAAUGUCUUUUAACCUCGUUA